AUGAUGCAGUAUCCCCAUCCUGCUCUCUUAGCUGCUCCUCAGAUAGAGCCUAUCUUGAGUGGAAAUCUGCCUCCUGGCUUUGAUUCAAGUGCAUGCCGCAGUGUGUAUGUGGGAAACAUCCACCCACAAGUUACGGAACCCCUUCUUCAAGAGGUUUUCUCAAACACUGGACCCAUUGAAGGAUGUAAGCUCAUUCGGAAAGAUAAGUCAUCCUAUGCUUUUGUGGAUUACUUUGAUCGUAGAUCUGCUGCUCUUGCCAUUGUGACCCUUAAUGGAAGGCAACUGUUUGGGCAACCUAUUAAAGUUAAUUGGGCUUAUGCUAGUAGUCAGAGAGAGGAUACAACAGGUCAUUAUAAUAUUUUUGUUGGUGAUCUUAGCCCUGAAGUUACUGAUGCUACAUUGUAUGCGUGUUUCUCUGCAUAUCAUAGUUGUUCAGAUGCAAGGGUUAUGUGGGACCAGAAGACUGGCCGCUCUAGAGGAUUUGGAUUUGUUUCUUUCAGGAAUCAGCAGGAAGCUCAAAAUGCGAUCAAUGACGUAAAUGGAAAGUGGCUUGGAAGCAGACAAAUUCGGUGUAAUUGGGCCACCAAAGGUGCCAAUACUAAUGAAGACAAGCCAAGUACUGAUGCCAAGAGUGUAGAUCUAACAAAUGGAACCUCAGAAGAUGGUCAGGAAAGGAAUAACGACGAUGCUCCAGAAAACAAUCCUCAGUAUACCACUGUUUAUGUUGGCAAUCUUGCUCCUGAGGUUACUUCUGUUGAUCUCCAUCGGCAUUUCCAUGUGCUUGGUGCUGGAACUAUUGAAGAUGUGCGGGUGCAACGUGACAAAGGUUUUGGGUUUGUGAGAUACAGCACCCAUGCCGAAGCAGCUGUGGCUAUUCAGAUGGGAAAUGCUCGAAUUCUGUAUGGAAAACCAAUUAAGUGUUCGUGGGGUAGCAAGCCCACUCCACCAGGGACAAGCUCAACCCCUCUUCCUCCACCAGCUGCUGGACAUAUGCCAGGUCUUUCAGCUGCUGACCUUGCGGCCUACGAACAGCAGAUGACACUGAGCAAAUAUGGUGUGCCAGCCCUUAUGCAUCCACAGGGUCAUCAUGCGCUUAAGCAGGCAGUCAUGGGAAUGGGCACUGUUGGAACUAGUCAGGCAAUCUAUGAUGGUAGGUUCCAGAAUGCUGCAACAACACAGCAGCUAAUGUACUACCACUAA